AUGACUGAAUCAUCCAACUACUUCGGUUCAUUUCAACCAUCAGUAACAAAGCCACUGAACACUAACCAUACCACCACAAAGCCAAGUAUAUUCCACCCGAGUGCUAUCUCACGAAUAGGAAAUGGAAUCAUCCUCACUGCUUCACUUGUAUUUGGCAUAUUAAUGAACUCUUUCACGGUAUAUUUGCUUAGAAAACGCAGCGUACUUAACAAGAGUACCACAACCGUCCUCCUCCAUCUGGCCACCUCGGAUCUCAUUGCAUGUUUCGUUGUCAUACCAAUGCAGUUUGUCUUAUUUGUUUCUGGAAUCCAUCCGCCGCCAGUUUGUUCUACGGCGUAUUACAUAUCAUUGAACUUCACGGUACUAGUAGAUUGUAGCUGUCRUGUUUUGCUUAGCGUUGAUCGAUGUUGUUCUGUCAGAGAGGCUCAAAUGAUUGGCAUCCCUGUGUUUUACUUCAAAAAAUUGCUUGCGGCAAUUUGGGGAGUUGCGAUAGGAAAUGCAAUCCUCACGGCGUUAACUAACCAAGGACGUAACCCUUGGGUUUUUGAAAGGGGGAAGUCUUUAGACGCUGGUACGAUUGUGUUAUAUAUAUUUAUCUGGUUUGCGCUAGCAGCUUUGGUCAUAGCUCUGUUCUGUGUUCAGUACACCGUAAAGAAACAAGACGAAGACGCAGGAGAAAAUUUCGGAAAUUCCAGCUCCAAGAAAAGAAGACAAAAACAGAUUAAAGUUUUAAAGUCAACGGCCAUCGCAAAGACCAGUGCGAUUAUUCUGUAUUUACCUUUGAUGUUGUGUGAAUACGUUUAUCGUGGAUUCAGGCUCCAGAGUCCAAGUACUACAUCCUUUUCACAUAUUUUAUUAUCCGUGUCUCAUGCAAUUAACCUGGUGAUCUACACAGGAAUGAGUAAAAAGUUUCGAGAAGCUGCGUGGAAGGAUUUGAAACUGCGCGUAACGAGGGCUAAUAUUCGCUCCUUACUAACUGAUAAACGAUCUGCAAGACAACGAACGGACCCUAAAAGACAAACAUUUAGCAGUUUUAUUGCUAGUAAUGACGAAAGGGACUCGUUCAGCGCAAAGGGUAGUGAGGAGAAGAGAGAUGAAGACAUGUUGAACAGUAUCUGUUCAAACGAUUCAAGGGAUAUAGAGUUUUCCAGAUAA